UUCUCGCGGUAAGAAGCGAUACGAGAAAAGCUCUCGCAGGCUCGGCUGCGCAGCGACCAAAAAAAAAAAGAAAAAAAAAAAAAGAAAAAAAGAAAAAAAAGAGGCAUUUUGUGAUUUGCGUGAAAAUCAGUUAUUAUGGCUGAUAUUUCGCAGGAGUCCGAAGGCAUACAAGAGGAAACAAGCACAACAACGGAGGCCGAGAGCGAGACGCAGCAGGAGGACACAAAUGGCGUGAAAACUGAAGUGAGCGAAGUCCCGAAGGAGAAGGCCGAGCAGAAGGAGAAGUCUUCUGGGGGAAGGAAGUCGAGCCGCUUCCAUCCAUAUUCCAGAGAGAAGCACGCGGGUGUUGGGGACAAGAAGACCGUCCACAGGAACCGUGUGUUCAUCAGCAAUAUCCCCUAUGACAUGAAGUGGCAGGCUAUCAAAGACCUCAUGCGGGAGAAAGUUGGUGAGGUUACAUACGUGGAACUCUUUAAGGAUGCAGAAGGAAAGUCAAGGGGAUGUGGUGUUGUAGAAUUUAAAGAUGAAGAAUUUGUGAAGAAAGCAAUAGAAGUAAUGAACAAACAUGAUCUAAAUGGGAGGCCAUUAAACAUCAAAGAGGACCCCGAUGGUGAACACGCCCGUAGAGUGCUGCAACGCACAGGUGGAAUGCACACUAGUGGCAGGGGGCAAGAUGUAGGACCAGGGGCAGUGAACCUGCCACCUUCAAUUGCCAAUAAUCCAAAUAUUCCUCUGGAAGUCAUUAAUGCCCUACAAACUGGGAGACUAGGCUCAACAGUGUUUGUAGCCAAUCUUGAUUUUAAAGUUGGGUGGAAGAAGCUUAAGGAGGUUUUCAGCAUGGCGGGGACUGUCAAAAGGGCUGAUGUCAAAGAAGAUAAAGAUGGGAAGAGCCGUGGAAUGGGAACUGUGACUUUUGAGCAACCACUAGAGGCGGUUCAGGCUAUCUCUAUGUUUAAUGGACAGAUGUUAUUUGACAGACCUAUGCAUGUGAAAAUGGAUGACAAAUCAGUUCCCUCUGAUGAUUUUCGUCCAGUUGAGAAGUCUCCUCAGUUGCCAAGGGGUCUUGGUGGCAUCGGGAUGGGACUUGGACCAGGGGGACAGCCAAUCAGUGCACACCGACUUACUGGAGGGGCAGGGAACAUGGGCCCUGGGGGCAUGGAUGGACCAGGAUACGGAGGAAUGAGCAGAAUGGGAGGUCUGAGUGGAGGUGGAUAUGGUGGAAUGGAUGGCAUGGGCCACAUAGGUGGCUACGGCAGCAGAGAUGUGGCACCUAUAGGCAGAAUGGGAGGAAUAGAUGAUUACAGAGGGAACCUUGGCUCAGGUAUGGGGGGAAUGGGCUCCAUAGCUUCAGGGAUGGCCAAUCACAUGGGAGACAUGUAUCGCUCUGGUGUGGUAGGCAUGGAUCGUGACCUGGGCAGGAAUGAUAUGCCAAUGAAUCGUGGCUUUGGGGAGUCAUUUGGAGGAAUGGGAGGAGGGAUGGGAGGCUAUGGCGGAGGCAUCGGUAAUGCUGGCAUGGGUCCUAUGGGGCCUGGAUUAGGCAGUGGAAUGGGGAACAUGGGCAUGGAUCGCGUGGGCUCCACCUAUGAACGGAUGAGCGGUGGGAUGGACGUGAGCCGUGGAUAUGGAGGCCACAUGGGUGCCGGCAUGUCCGAUAGAGGCUUAGGGUCCAAAGGAGGUUGCCAGAUCUUUGUGAGAAAUCUUUCCUAUGAUGUUACCUGGCAGAAACUGAAGGAAAAAUUCAGUCACUGUGGUCAAGUGAUGUUUGCUGAAAUUAAGAUGGAAAAUGGAAAAUCCAAGGGAUGUGGGACAGUUCGCUUUGAUUCCCCUGAAAGUGCUGAGCAGGCUUGCCGAAUGAUGAAUGGAACAAAAAUCAACGGAAGAGAAAUAGAUGUUCGCAUUGAUCGAAAUGCUUAGUUCUGUAGUGUUAACACCCACAAUAUAUCUCAUUUUUUUUUGUUUUGGUUCAAAAAACAAUUCUUGGAUGUCUUUUACUGUUGUGCCACAAAUACAGGGAUAAUCACCAGCCUCUAACUGGAUGUGUAUAGGCUUUGUUUACAUAUAGCAUUACUGCUUUUUUCUCCUUUUUGUAA